AUGAAGCAGGGGAGCCGCAGCGAAGCCGGGCGCGGAGACAUCCGCAGCUACAUCCUCCAGGGGGGGGAGAAAAACCUUUACCGAAUAAAAAAGGGGCUGGUCCCAAACAUGAACGUAGAAGGCCACAUGUACGUGAAUGACAAGUUGAAGCACCUCAUAGACGACGAAAUAGAAACGUAUCAGGUGAAUAGAAACUCUACGUUCCUCCCAGCAGUUGUUCAAAUAGCAAAUGUGUCUACCCUGCCAGGCAUCGAAAAAGCGUCGAUAGCCCUACCAGAUGUACACGCGGGUUACGGAUUCUCCAUAGGAAACGUGGCAGCAUUUGACAUGAGCAAUGAAAAGGCGAUCAUCUCCCCAGGGGGCGUCGGAUUUGAUAUAAACUGCGGAGUGAGGCUAAUCAGAACAAACCUCUUUUACGAUGAUGUGAAGGACAAGCAGGAAGAAUUGACGCAGCUCCUUUUUAAUAACAUCCCCGUGGGAGUAGGCUCACAGGGAUGCAUAUUAUGCAAUCAGGACAAGCUAGAUGAAGCCCUUUGUUUGGGAAUGGACUGGUGUGUAAAGGAGGGCUACGCAUGGGUGGAGGAUAAGUUAAACUGCGAAGAUAAUGGGAGGAGUCUCUAUGCUGAUAGCAACCACGUAUCUGUGAGAGCUAAAAAAAGGGGAAUUACACAAAUGGGGACUUUGGGAGCCGGGAACCACUACGCAGAGAUUCAAAUCGUUGACGAAAUAUACGACAGAAGGAGUGCCAAACUGAUGGGGAUAGAAAAAAAGAACCAAGUGUGCGUGAUGAUUCACUCCGGGAGUAGAGGGCUGGGCCAUCAAAUUGCUACGGAUGCUCUGAUCGAGAUGGAAAAGAGCAUGGCCAAGUAUAAGCUAAACGUAAUUGACAAACAGCUAGCCUGUACCCCUAUACACUCCACGGAGGGAAAGAAUUACCUAAAAGCCAUGGGUUCUGCUUGUAAUUUUGCCUGGAUCAAUAGAUCCUCCAUGACCUUUUUAGCUAGACAGACCUUCGCAAAAAUUUUUAAUCAAUCACCAGAUGACCUAGACAUGCAUGUUAUAUAUGACGUGUCUCAUAACAUUGCAAAGAUUGAAGAUCAUCUCGUUGAUGGGAAGAGAAAAAAAUUGCUAGUUCAUAGAAAGGGGUCUACCAGGGCCUUUCCUCCCUUCCACCCUGCUGUGCCGCUAGAUUACCAGUACUGCGGACAACCUAUUCUCAUCGGAGGAACCAUGGGCACCUACUCCUAUGUCCUAACUGGUACUGACAAAGCUAUGGAGACCACCUUCGGCUCAACCUGUCACGGGGCCGGACGGGCACUAAGCCGAAAUAAAAGCAGAAACACUCUAAACUACGUGGACGUUUUGCAAAAACUGAAGGAGGAAAAUAUCUCCAUUCGAGUCGCCUCCCCGAAGCUGAUUAUGGAGGAGGCCCCCGAGUCCUACAAGAACGUCUCCGAGGUGGUCAACACGUGCCACGACGCGGGCAUCUCCGCCAAGUGCUUUCGCCUCAAGCCGGUCGCGGUGAUAAAGGGGUGA